UGAAACCGGAAUAAACAAAUCCGGAUGUAAACGAUGUUGUUAGAAAGCGGAGCGGUGUGUGGAAGUGCUUCAGUGUUUCUGUUCCUCAGAUAUUUAUAGAUAUUUAAUUAUAAAGGAAUAAAAACAGAGAGAGCUGGAGAUGGAGUGAGAGAGAGAGAGAGAGAGAGAGAGAGAGAGAGAGAGUGAUGUCAUAGAGAAAGAGAAACUUGUUAUUUUAUUUCCAGCUGCAGGUGAAGACAGUCGGAGAUUUAUUUAUGUUUGAUUAUAACGCUAUAAGUAAAGCGGAUUGAAUUGGACCUGGUCACCAUGAGGAGAAGGUGUGUGAGAGAGGAGUGUGUGUGGAGCUCAGUGUUGGUGUGUGUGAGUGUGUUAUUGUGUGGUUCUGUGUGUGUGUUCGGGUAUAAACCCGUCAUCAUCAUCCAUGGACUGUUCGAUACACCGGCUGAUUUCAUCAACCUGCAGCGGUACAUCAACCAGUCUCACCCUGGGACGAACGUGACGGUGAUUGACCUGUUUGAUCGUUCAGAGAGUCUGGAGCCGCUGUGGAAGCAGGUGGAAGGGUUUAAGGAGGCCAUUUACCCCAUCAUGCAGAACUCAGCAGACGGAGUUCACCUCCUCUGUUACUCACAAGGAGGGUUGAUAUGUCGAGGAAUCCUCUCCACACUGAAAGAUCACAAUGUUCAUUCGUUUAUCUCUCUCUCCUCCCCUCAGGCUGGACAGUACGGAGACACAGACUAUCUGAAGUACAUCUUCCCAAAGUACGUCAGGUCUAAAGUCUAUCUCCUGUGUUACAACACUGUGGGGCAGAAGAUCUCCAUCUGCAACUACUGGAACGACCCUCAUCACAGAGACAUGUACCUCAACACCAGCAAUUAUCUCGCGCUUCUCAACAAUGAGAAACCUCACCCUGACUCUACAGUGUGGAAGCAGAACUUCCUGCGUAUUGGGAAGCUGGUGCUGAUUGGUGGACCAGACGAUGGCGUCAUCAUGCCCUGGCAGUCCAGUCAGUUCGGUUUCUAUGACGAUAACGAAACGGUGGUGGAGAUGAAAGAUCAGGAAGUGUUUCUGAGGGACUCGUUCGGUCUGAAAUCUCUGUACGCUCGAGGAGAUCUGGAGCUGUGCUCAGUGGCCGGGGUCGAGCAUGUGUACUGGCACUCCAACGAGACCGUGUACAAGCGCUGCAUCGAGAAAUGGCUCACCUAAACACACACACACACACACACACACACACACACAGACACACACACACAGAGUCUAUUUUUACACACAAUCAUCAGCUGCAUUCGUUCCAGUUCAGUGUUGCUUCAGACCACUGCAGCGUGUGUGUGUGUGUGUGUGUGUGUGUGAGACACACACUGAUUUCAACAUUUAGUUCUGCACAGCUUUUUACUGAAUCUUACACACACACACACACACACACACACUGUUGGGAACGUUUUAUUCAUAAGCACAACACAAUGCAAUUCAGUGCCUCAAGGACAUAUCAGAUCGCUCGCAAAAAAGGGGCGGGCUUUAAACCCCUACAUCCUGUUUUCUGGGUGAAUGUGGGCGGGACUUAAGUGAAAAUUAUCUUGCGAAUUUGAUAGCUAUUUUUUACGAUCUUCAGCUCUUCGUAUCAUUCAGCAAAAAAAAAUCCUUUGCUAAGCUGCAGUCAAGCCGAAUUUAAGCCACGCCCCCUUUUAUUUACAGAUUGAUAUUCUGUCAUUUAAACAAAAAAACAGGACGUGAGUUUAAGACUUUAUUUUAAAACCUUCUCGCAUACUUUUUUUUUAAUCUCUGUUUUAAAUUAAUUCAUCCAUGAAGGAACGAUAUCAAUUUACAAUGCAAAUGUUGCGUAUUGCCCCUUUAAUCUCUCGCAAUCUGCCUGAUAGAAUUGUGAAGUUUUGCAGUCCGGGUGCAGUAAGAAAAAUCACCUUAUAUUUGUAUUUUACAUGUUUUAUCCUGCGUCCACUCGCACAUCAAGGGUCGUGUUGUGUUCAGCCACUACAGCGAUAUUAUAUUAAAGCAGCAAUAAGUAAAAUUGUGCCAAGUGGAAGAAAAAAAGACAUUGAGAACUUGGCGCUCAUGCACAUUGUGCAGGUUGGUUUACAUUUUUGGGGAAUUGGUGACACUAAAAAGUUGCGUAUUGCUCCUUUAAAACCCCAAAAGCAGGAGGAAAUGUAGAGUCCAUGGAGUUCAGCUGCAGUAAGAUAGACUGUUUUUGUACAUAUUUUAUCCGUUAAGACUUUAUAUAGGUAUUUGAAGAAGACGGAAUUAAUGUGAGAGGGGAAAAAGGGAACGUAGAUUAAUUCUAAUGAAAAAAUAGGAUUUAAGGGGAAAGCAACAUACAGACGCUCAGUUUUACCUACUAGUUUUAAUCCUUUUAGUGCUUGUUUUAGUUUUAAAGCAGCGAUAAGUAAAAGCGAAUAUUAUUUCUAUCACAUAGAAGUUGUUCUUGUAGAUGAGAGUAAGACGUGCGGGAGUUUGUUAGUAUAAUAUUACCGUGGUUUUAAAAAGUCAAAUACCGGCCCAUGGCGUCGACGCGUAUCCCUCCUUUAAUGUCGCUAGCGUAGCAUCCUGUCGUUUUUACCGCUCCGGUCAGAAACGUAAACACGUCGCUGAUUCCCUUUCGAGUGAAUUUGAUAAGGAGGCGGGGCAUUUGUUCGCUUGGUGGAAAUCGUCCGGACGCUCUAAUGAGGACACUCCAUAGUUAGCUAAUAGCACCACGAAUAGUGUUACCAUAGCAACCAGGGAUCAUUCAGGAUAGCCACCGGUGAGACAAGAGGCACGUGGUGGGUCGGGGAGGUCUCAGGAACGUGAACACUGCCUAGAACCGUCGCGUUCUCUGUAACGGAACGCUAAUGGUACAGUUUGCGGUGAAUAUCGCAGUAUUUUGUAAGAUAGUAUUGUGCAUUGUUUUACACUGUAUACAGGAAAUAAAGGGAUAUUUCUGAUUGAAUUUUUAUAUCGUACAGGCCACGACCAGACACGCAAAGUGUUAAAGAAGGAAUCCAAUAAGUAUUAAGUAUUGCAGUAUUAAGUAUUCACCCCCCUUUCCACGUGCUAGUGGUACAACUGGAACCUUAGGAUUGAUUCAUUAAGAUUUUGUGUUAUGUAAAGUCCUUGUCUGUAGGACAGAAGAUCUUUCAACAGGACAUUUAUGGAAUAAUGACAAGAAGAACUUUUUACAUUAAGUAGAAAUCCAACAAUGCUUAUCGACCCUGUGAAGAAUGGUGGUGUUAGCAUUGUGUUGACUUUCAGGAUUCCUUCUGAACCCCUUCAGAUAUGGAAGCAAAGGUCCACCUACUGGUAGGACAAUGAAUUAAACUCUUUAAACCUUGACGCAAACUCUGAAGAGCCUGAAUGUGUUGGAACAGAUAUCCAGUCAAAUCCCAGUCCUCUGUCUGAUCACAAUCUAGACAUUAAUCAGAUCAGAGAUUGAUCCAAUCUAAAAAGCUUAUAAGAAAGAAGCAAUCAGGAUUGUCAGAAAACUCAUAGAGAGACUCUGCUUUAAAUACCCUCAGAAUGGACGCUGGAGGAGCACUAGGGGUAAAUACUUACGUGUAGUAUUAAAAGAAUGAAUCGAAUCACGAUGUUUCGUCAAAUCCAACCGGUUUGCAGGUCCCUCACCAAUCACAGCGUGGCCGUAGCCUUAUGGAACGUUCGCUAACGCGGGAGAUAAAUGUGGGACGUGCGUUAGCUGCAUUAGCCUGGUGUAACCGUACGUUACGCUACGUUCAUUUUUAUGAUCGAAAUUUUAUUGGGACCUGUAAAAAAAAAACGCGCAAUGUUUUAGUGGUUAUUUGAUUUGAAGGGAUUUUCAGAUGAAUGAAUCUCAGUAACAUUUUUACACCUCGAAACAGUGUCUUGGGUGGAAAAACAUGGCAGUUUUGGAUGCGAGGUUUGUUUGUUGGUUGUUUUAUCUCGUGUCUGUCUUUGUUGAAACUCCUAGAGAACUUCUUAUUUUUGUUAUUAUAAUAAUAGUAUGAAGGAUUUAUUCUGGUUGAUUUAUUUUCAGCACUAAAAAAGCUCAUUUUUAAUACCAUCAUUCUCUACAUCCCAUUACUAAAUUUAGCUUUCUGUCGUUUUUGAAGCCAUAAUUAUCAUUGUUUUAUAUUUAUAUAUAUUCAUAUAGAAAGGAAAUUCUGCGUCUGGAUACGUUUAAAACAUUAUAACCUGUUGCCUAAACGUUGUCACUUCAGAUUUAUUCGAAUAAAGUUUGAGCUGUAAAACAAUAACAACAAAAUAACAGACUAGCGUCUCAUUAUCGACGUCAUUGAAAACCAAGAAAACGGUAGAAUUGGAUUUUUUCUUUCUCAGACAUUUCAUCUGGAAGAAUUCAGGAUUCAGAAUAUCUUCUCUUCUAAUAAUAAAGCUGUGGUGAACUCCUGGUGCCUUUUCCAAAUUCUGAUCCGCCCAGAAAGGGUUGUGUGGAGUAAUCUGAAAUAAUCUGGACAAUCUGAGAGAAAAAAAUCCAGAAUGCAGACAUUCAUUAUUGUGUUUGUUACACGUUUACAACAAAAACGUUUUGUUCGGAGAUUCUGCCGUUGUCUUGAAUUCAGUCAGAUUGAGGAAAAUGGAAAGCCAUAAAACAGUGUCUCUGGAGCAGAAAGGGUUAGGGGCCUUGCUCAAGGGCCCCAGCAGUGGUAGCUUCGAGGUGCUGGGGCGCAAACAAACGACCUUUUAGUCAGUAAUCCAGAGAUUUAACCAGUGUUUAAAAUCAUAUUUUUUUGCAAACUGAUAAUAAACUGAUUUUUGAAAUCAUG